AUGGCGACAAUUGAUGUAGAAGACGAAACAAUCCUUACAGCAAUCUUUAAAGAUUCUUUCCCAGAUAGUUGGAAGGAUAAUCCAGACUUUGUUCAAUAUUUAGCAGAAUUAAGUUCCUUUGGAAUUGAGAAGUUGAGUCGAGAACCAGAGAGACUUUCGGAAGAAAAGAGUCAGAUAUUGGAAGAAACUCAAGAUUUGGCUUUUCACAACUACAAAACAUUUAUUCAAACUGCUGAAUGCUCUAGAGAAAUUUUUGAAGAUUUCCAGAUCAUUGAGAAACAUGUUGAGAAUCUUCUGGAAAAACUGCCUCCAUUUUCUAACGAGUGUGAAAACAUUGCAAAGAGAGCCCAGGAGAUCAAUUCUAGUCGACGGAUGAAUAGCCUGACUCUUCAACGACACACCCAACUGUUGGAAAUCCUGGAAAUGCCCCAGUUAAUGGACACCUGUGUGCGGAAUGGUUAUUAUGAAGAAGCUCUAGAGUUAACGGCUCAUGUCAAGAGAUUAGAAAAGAAACACUGCAACAUUCCAGUGAUUGCUAAUAUUGUGAAUGAAGUGAAGAACUCGACUCAACUGAUGUUGAACCAGUUAAUUCAACAGCUUCGAACAAACAUUCAACUACCAUUGUGUCUCCGUGUUAUAGGCUAUCUCAGGCGAAUGGAUGUCUUCUCAGAGGCAGAAUUGCGGAUAAAAUUCCUGCAGGCUCGUGAUACAUGGUUUCAGAGUAUUCUUGAUGCUAUACCAAGAGAUGAUGCCUAUAUCCAUAUCACGAAGACCAUAGAAGCCAGUCGAGUUCACUUAUUUGAUAUCAUCACACAAUACCGUGCCAUAUUCUCUGAUGAAGAUUCUCUGAUCAGUUCUCAGCGAGAAGACUUCUUGUAUGAAGCUUCCUUGUUUCACAGUUGGGUUAUUCAAAAGGUGAGUCAGUUCUUAACAACCUUGAAAGAAGACCUUGAAUAUGGAGUUGGAGGUCGACUGGACUCUUUGCUUGGUCAGUGUAUGUAUUUCAGCUUAUCAUUCAGUCGAGUGGGUGCAGAUUUCCGUGGACUCUUAGCACCAAUUUUUCAGCAGGCUGCCCUCAACGGAUUUCAACUGACUUUAAAUGAAGCCAAUAAAAAAUUUGAGGAUGUAAUGCAAUCAUACAAUUUAAUGACUGUCACCUCCACAGGAACAAAAGGUUAUAAUAUGUCCUUUCAGCCUGGUCAGCUGUUCCCUCCAUCUGUCCUGCUAGAUUUUCAACCAUUGGCCAUGUACUGCAAUCAUCUCUUGAGUGCCUUCAAUGAUUUACGCUUGUGUGCUCCUCUUUCAUUGGCCUGUGAUGUCAACAAUGCCCUACAAAAUUCUCUUUUAGCUGUGAAUCGUGUUAUCCUCUCAUUCCACAGGGCUGAAGAACCAACGUUUAACACACAAGAAAGGGAACAUUUCCAAUACUUUCUGCAAGUGUACACUGCUGACCUUUUACCUUAUUUGAAUCAAUGUUUGCAGACCCUCUUCCCACCCACACAGCUUGCUCAGUUGCUUGGUAUCACAAUAGCUGAGAUGAGUGUAUUGGGUAACUCCGGCAGUUUGGAUUUAACAACUAUCCUUGACAGCCUCAGUCAUCUUCUUCCUGAGAAAGAGGAAGAGGUAUCAAUAACAACUGUGGAAGAAAAUCUUUCUGAAUCUCCUACUGUGAUGAAAGUUUCCCCAGUCAUAUCCCCUGAUGAUCACUCUUCAGAUACAUCAACUCAACUUUUCACUGAUGCUACAGACACCAAUUUGCCACAAAGCUCCCCAUCAGAGAAAGAGGCUUAUAUAGAACCUUCUGAGACCCAAACAAUUGAUGAGUUUAGUACAGAGACUUUAUACCCAUCAGAAGCUAGUCCCAAUUCUGAAAGUGCUGUCAAAUCAGAAUUAGUGCCCAGUUUCCUUCCCACAGUUGAGAUGGAAGAUAACAAUUCAAGCCCCGUGCACACACCUGUGACAGUGGAGACUUCAUUAGCUAAUGAUAUACCAGAAUAA